AUGAUCACCAAAAUUCAAGAUAUUGAGCUACCACACAAAGCAGCAUGUCACCUUAUAGCUGAUGAAGGCCACAUACUGGCUAAAACAUAUCGGCCACACACUGGCAAAAACAUAUAUCUGUCUGGCUUACAUAAGGAUGGGACAAUCCGUAAAAGGAAAAAAAUACUUGAGACAAGUGUUCUAUUAAACACAGGUAAAGUUUUCAGCCUGGGGUUUACAACCGUAGCCAUAGAAACAGGCCAGGCUAUAGCUAAUGAUGUAUCAGCUAAAAUAGAAGAGGUCGCAUACCUUAAUGGUAACAAGGAGGAUGAACUUGUUGAUAUCCUGUUAAAGAUGUCAUACUUUAUGAAUGACAGGGCAGCAAAUGAAAAAAGUCAAAUGAAUGUAUUGAAGCCUGGAGGAGUGAUGUUUUAGAAAGUUCAGGGGCAGAAAAU